GAUUUGCAAAGAAUAGAGAGUCUAGAUUCAUUGUGAUUUGAAUAAGUAGUGGACAAAAGUCAAAAUAUGCCGGGGAUCACAGCAGGAUGUCUUGGAUGUCUCGGUGUCGUUCAGAAGUACAUCUGUGGCGUUUCCGAAGAAGAUGAGGAGCAGCAACGCGCGCGAGGCCUGUCUGGCAAUGUCGCACCUUUGGGAGGAUCUGCUGGAGGAAUUAUGGAGAUUACUAUGUCUUCUAAAAGUUCAGAGUAGUACCGCUGAAUAUCUUGAUCAUCUCUUGUUAUGUAUGAAUGUUCGAUGUCAAUGGGAACGAAGCACAUGAAAGUACAGUAUACUUCCCACAAAGUUUUCUAAUAGAGACUCCCACUCCAACAAGAAAGAGCAGCACCAGAAUGCGGAGGAGCGAACUCGGGGUGGGAUCGUCGACCAAGAUGCACUGGGCGAUAUGGAGAGGGCUUUGCUUGACCUCCAAAACUUCGACGUCAAUGCUGCGACUGCAACAAAAGGAGAGGCAUUCAAGACCAUCGGAGCAACUACAUCAGCGAUCGGACUUCAACAACUUGAGAACAAUGUCAUAAGAAAUGACGACACUACUAGAAGAAGUUCUCCUUUCGGUGCAGGUGCUCAGCGUACAACUGUAGGUGCACCAGAUGAGGAUCAGAUUGCCCAACAUCAUCCGAAGCUCCAGCGAGCUCAGUC